AUGUGCGGAAAGCGCGACACGGAAGUUGCCCAAGGCAUUGAGCAUAAAACGUCUGUGGUUCAAAUCGAGAAGGAGGCAUUGAAAGUGGCUACGCCGGAAUCGGAGACGAAGGCGGAUCUUACGACUCCUUUGUUGAUGCAUUUUGCUUUCCAGAGGAGGGGCAUCGCCUUUGAUCAGUGUGGCCUGAUUGAUUGGGCGACCCACCAGGACUACCUCCACCGUCUGUUGAGCGCAAUGAGUGCGCCAGUACCGCCAGGUUUCCAUCCUGUCACCGCAACCCAGGUGGUGCGAGCCGACAAGGAGCUCUUCACGAUCAUGGCAAGAGAGUGUCCACCUCCCUUUAAGAUUAGGGCUGAUGGGACUAAGCCUCUGAAUGUAGCCUUGAAGUCCCUCAUGUUGGAUUCGAGGAUUCAGAUGUGGUUGUUGCCGUCGCCAGGUGGGGUUGCAAGCAAAGUUACUGCUGGGCCGGAUGUGGAGGCGGCCCUCGAAGCACCGCCGGGAGUGCCGGCUCCCCCGAAGAAGCCUCGCAUCCGUAAAAAGGCCAAGAAGGUGAUCCCGGACAGCCUCAAGGGCUGCAAGAAGUUCGGGAAAGGUCCGUGUUGCUGGGCUUUCAAUCUGGAUGGAUGUGCAAGUGAGACGAAGGUUGUCGAAGGUCUCCCCAAGUGCCAGAAGGGAUUCCAUGUGUGUAUGUUCUGUCACAGGCCGAGGCAUAGCUUUAGCAAUUGCCGGGCGAAAGGGGGCCAGCAAAGGCCUGACAAGUGGAGGCGCCUGAAGGACCUCAGGCUGCUGAUAGUGUCGGGUCUUCAGGAGUUUGCGUCUUCGCUUAAGGAUCAACAAGCAACUGCAGAGCAAAUUUUGACACUUUUUGACUUGCUGGAAAAAGAUGAUGCUCCCCGGGGCUCUGAGGUUCGGGGAAAAUCCUUUUCUGCAGGUAGUUUUGUGCAUGGAGGUGUUGUGGGCCUUCACAAUACCACGACGAACUAUCCGAUCUCGGUGCAAGUUGUGUGCAGCUUCAUCAGGCGAUUCGCGGGGGGCUAUCCAUUUGCUGCCUUCGCUUUUCUUGAUCAGACUCAAUCCGACUUGCACCAAGACACCAAUAACGAGCCAGAUUCUUGGAACCUGAUAAUCCCUUUGUCUGUUUUCCAAGGGGGAGGGGUUUGGUAUGAAGCCGACUCAGGCCCUCACGUUUGUCCUCAGGACGCGCAAAGGAAGGGUUUCAUUUUAGAUGUAUCCAGAGGGCCCCAGUGGCUUCCGGCCGCCGCGACCAGGCAUUGUACCCUACCUUGGGUAGGACGGCGUUGUGUUUUGGUCGCUUUCACUCCCAGGUUUUUGCAUAAGCUGCGUGCUGCGAAGGUUUGUCAGUUAAAUGAACUAGGCUUCCAAUUGCAGCGGCCGGUCCAAACGGCUGAACAUGUCUUCAACCGGGUGCCAUCCGCUCUGUGUGUGGAUGACAUGCUGGUGAUCCAGCUCUUUUGCGGAUCUGCAGGCCUCAGCUGGGCCUGCCACAGGCUGGGGUUUCAGGUCAUGCCGAUUUCGCAUAAACAGCCGGAUGCCAAACCACGAUUGCGGGUCCAUCAGUUGGAUCUUGCGAAUGCAGAUUCUGUGCGCAGCCUUCAACAAUUUGUCAUCACAGAAUCACAUCGCAUCGCCAUGAUUUGGGCAGCCGUUCCAGAGAAUACUGUAAGUGCAGCCCGGGAAAAACCGAUUCCCAGGCUCCAGCGCUUGAAUUUGCCAGUGCCUCAGCCCCUUCGGAGCACCAAGCGGCCUCACGGCUUGGAUGGCCUCGUCGGAAGAGACAAGCAGCGGUGUGAAGUGGCAAAUCAGCUUUACCAAUCAGUAUCAACCCUGUUUCAAGCUGCCUUGGAGCGUGGUGUUAGGUGUGUUCUUGAAAAUGCUGCCACCUCCUUGUUCUGGCAAACGGAUUACUUCAAAUCCUUGGCUGCAAUGCAUGCUGGAUCAACCGUGCAAUUCCAUAUGUGCCAACAUGGAGGUGCCAGGCCCAAGCUGCUUCAGCUUUGGACUUCAGAUCAUGCCUUUGACUCCCUUGCUGCGCAGUGUCCCGGAGCAAAGUUGUGCAAGCAUGAACCUUGGAUCCCCGUGGCAUCGGAGCGUCGCCAAUUCAUUGCUGACCGUUCAUCGUCAGCUUACCCGCAGAUUUUCUGCGAGCGAGUGGCAGGCAUGUUGAAGCAAGUGUGUCGCAACGCAGGUGUUCGAGAGAGGCUCUAUUUGCCUGAUGCCGCUGAAUCCUCAGCGCGGAAGUUGCAGCGGCUGGCUCUCGGACUCCAGCCCGCAGGAGCUAGCUUGCCGCAGCUGCUCCCGGAGUACAGCCAUCGUUUGCAAAUUGUGGUCGAGCCGUCAACUUCGCCACCUGCCGCGCCACAGCAUGCAGUGUUGCUUUCUCGGCGUCUUCUUAUGUGGGGGGAGCACCAGGCCGAGAAACGAACUCCCAUAGAGGGCGUGAAACUUCAGCUUGAUCCAAAGUCUCUUCGCCCAGACAGCUUGAUUGAGGUCUUCACUUUUGGCAUACCUGCCUCGCCUGAAGCCUUUGUCAAACGGGCUGUGACUUGUGGACACCCUGCUGAUUUCAAAUCUUCCUUGGAGCCGAUCUUGAAGGAGGUGGUGAAAGAAAACAUCGUGGGGGACGAGGUAAAACUUGCAAAGACUCGCCUAGCUUUCAUUGCGAAGCUUUUGCUGUGGCAAGAAAUGGCAGAGCACUACAACCUUCCCGACACCAAUCUGGUGAACGAUAUGCUUGAGGGCUUUAGUCUCAGCGGGUGGAUGCCGAGCAGUGGUUCGUUCCCACCGUCGGCAAAGAGGCCGGAGCUAUCAGUGGAGUCGUUGAAGAUUCUGUCAAGCGGCUUCAAUGCCGCCACUUUGCAGAAGACCCAGGUCAGGCAGGAUGAUGAUCUGGAAAAAGCCACUUGGGAGGAGACGCUUUCGGAAGAAGCACAUGGAUGGAUCUGGAAGUGUUCGGAGCAACAGAUGGAUGGGAAAGUGGUUGCUAGAAUCUUGGCAUUCUUCAAGGAGGCAAAAUUCGGGGAAAAGUUCGUACUUCAUUCGAUCGAUAAGAUGGCUGCGAUGCUUGCGUACGCCACGUCGUUGGUUACGGACCCUAACUUUUCCUUAUGCGGCCGUACGUAUGACCUCAAGAGUGCGUACAAACAAUUCCCAAUCUGCCAGCGGGAUUUCGACUUGCUGAGAUUCAUGAUCGGGGUUAUAGGCCUCAGGGCCCUGUGGACGGCUUUCUUCGACGACUACUCUGUCGUCAGUAAGGAGUCGUUGAAAAAGAAUACCGCUUAUGCCAUAGAGUCUUUAUUUUCUCUGCUAGGACUUGACUUCGCCAAAGAAGGUAAGAAAGCGCCGGCCUUCUGUGAGCAGUUUGGCAUGCUGGGGCUUUCGGUUGACCUUAGGGGAUUUAAGCAAGGGAAAAUUGAGAUUGGGCAUACCGAGAAGCGGGUAUCCGAGCUCAAAUCUGCACUGUCCGAAACGCUGGAGUGCAACCGACUCUCUCAGAAGGAGUCCGAGAGAUUGAGGGGUCGCAUGAACUUCUUUGAAGGACACGCGUACGGCAGGGGCCCAGCUCAGGCCUUGCGGACGAUCGACCACUUUGCGCGAUCGGGGGCGACUGCCACGAAGUUGCCCCCAGUUGUGACUGCAGCGAUUGUUACCUUGAGGAGAAGGCUUGAGUCGGCGAUUCCUUUGCAAAUUUCGGCCCGAUCCUUGGCUACCUGGUACCUGUUCACCGACGGAUCUUGCGAGCCUGAGCGAGAGUUUGGUGCAGUUGGUGCCAUUCUUUACGACCAGAGUGGAAGGGCUGUAUCGGCAUUCAGCGAAAGGGCCCCAAAGGAAGUCAUGAGGCGACUCCUGAAAGAAUCGUCCAAUCCAAUUUAUGCUUUGGAGCUGUACCCAGUGUGGCUCUCCUACAGGAAAUGGCAACAUCUUCUUGGGGGAGCCCAAGUAGUCAGCUUCGUGGACAAUGAUGCAGCCAAGUACUCACUAGAGUGGAAGGAGAAGUUCUUUUGCGAGGGAGCUGCCAUCUGCACCGCCAAUUGCAUACCGUUUUCAGUGCAAGAAUCCUUUGUGCACGCCCAGACUGAGGCGAUCCGAGGGCGCGACCUUGCAAAGGUCCUCAAGGCUCCUGAGCCUUUCCGUCCCAAGGACCGGGAUGCAGAGCUUUCACUGUGGGCUACGGCUAAUUGGUCUUGGGAGUUGGAACAGUCCCGACUUCUUUACGGUGUCUUAGCCGGGCUCUUGCAUGACAAAGGCAAGCGAGUCUUGAAAUCCUUGACAGAUGCAAACGGGACCCAGGCCACCGUCUUGAUCACAGAAAGCUCCACGUAUCAGGAUCUUCGGAAUUUGAUUGAGCGCUGGGACACUUCCCAGACAAAGUGGAGCACUUCGAUUGCCAGCACGUUUGGCAUUGUUUCCGAGGUGCAGCCGUCAGAUAGUGCAAGCCAGGCUGCAGCAUCGAGCACGGCAACCACAGCCGUUCGCCGGGUGCAGGUCUUUGAUCUUGGUGACACGUCAAGCUGGUUUGCAGGCGGCCAUGUGCGUGCCGUUAUAGCCGAGCCGGGUUUGAGAGCCAAGGCAAUCCAGUGCCCCACAGGUUGCAUGCCGAGAGGGAUUUCAGAAUUUUCAGAUUUUGAUUUUCUUGAUGCAAUGCGUGCCAGCCACCUUGGCUUGGGAUAUCCAGUUUCAGAUGUCUUGACAAUUUCGGGAGUUGAGCGCUUCGAGUGUUCGGAUGGCUUGAGCGAUUGUCUUGAUAACAUUUUCACCGGGUUUGAGAGCCGAGGCAAUCCAGUCCCCACAGGUCGUUUUGAAUUUUACGAUCAGUGCAGCGUGCCAGAGGGUCCCAUUUUGCUUGAGCAAGACCAGUGCAGCGUGCCAGAGGGUACCGGGUCUGAGUGUGACCACAGCUUCGACAUGUCAGCUUGUGAUGCCAAUGCAGGGUCGUGGUGCAUAGCUGCAUCGACCUUUGAUCUUCAGGACGAGUCAGACUGCAGCGGGAUUCCUCAGUUUGUGUGCGCAGUGCAUUCCAUUGACAUGUUGGUGCACGACUCAGAAGCUCAUGAGAUCAUCCUUGACAGUGGAGCAGACAUGAGUUGCCUGCCACUUUGCUAUGCCACGCAUGGCACCAGUCAGGGCGCCGGAGGCUUGGCAUUGAAAGAUGCACAGGGCGUGAGCCGAUUGUGUGGCGAGAAGUUUGCGCGAUUGCAUCUGUGCAAGGGCAAGCUCAUGCGUGCUGGGUGGUGGCCACAGCGCAAGCCCACCAUGUGUCUUGAGCAUGACAGUGGCAUCCGAGUGCCGAUGAGCUUCAAGGGCAAUUCGCUAUGCACCAAAGCUGCCAUUUACCGUGUCGGUGAGCAGUCUGUGAAUCCUGCACUCCAUGUCAGGUUUGUUCAAGCAACGAUUGAUGCAAGCAUGAUUGAUGCACCGUUUGGAUGGCAGAUGUCAGAGCAGGGUGACAUGUUCUUCCGCGGCCGAGGGUCGCACUUCAUCGAUCCUUCCAUCGUUGCCCCUGUUGGGUGGCCAUGCAGAACCACGCUUGUGAAGCCGUGCCGAGACGGCUACGACCACUGGCUCCUGCUUGAACACUGUGUGAGCUGGGGUGAACUUCAGGAGUUGUCUGCUGUGCUACCGCACGGGGAAUCCGAUGUUGUGUGUGUGCUCACGACUGAUCGAGCACCGCUUGAGGACAUGAUGAUCGUGCCGAGCAGGUCAGUCAAGGACUACAUCAGUUGGAGCGGGCCGCAGCCAGCAGAUCCCAAUGCAGGGGAGCUUGAUGAAUAUGAGCCCAGUGAUGAUGGAAUGGCAGAGGCUUUCGAGCCCGCCGAGGUGAGUGUGUCUCCCUUGCCUGAUGUUGAAGUUGCAGAUGCGCCGAUGCCGGAGCGCAAGAGUGAGCGAGAUGUUCUGGUGUAUGAUGGUGUCGAGUUGUCUUUGGCAUCGACUUUGAAUGUCAUCAGAGCUUCGUGCAAGGCUGCUGGUCUCUCCCAGUCCGGGAGCAAGCAGCGCUGUCUUGACAGGUUGAAGUGUUAUCUUGAGAAGCAGGACAUUGCUCUGAAGAGUGAGGUUGCUCAAGCAGUCGAAGGCGACAGCACGCGUGUUGCAAAAGGUCAGGCAAUGAACAAAGAGCCAUCGAAGGCCGAGCGUGAUUUGCACAAUCUCACUCACUGGCCUUUCCAAGGCUGGUUUGAUCGCUGCUUGUCCAUGCGCGGGCUUGAGGACCGACACCAGUCGAUCCCCGACAGUCCCGACCGGGACACGCCAAUUGUAAGCUUCGACUUCUGUUACACUUCCGUGACCACAGAUGAUGCAGACCUUCAGCACCACAAGCUCACAAUUUCAGUAGCGCGCGAUACACCGACAGGUUCAGUUUUCGGACUUCCGGUUGCAAGCAAGGGUAAAGAUGAUUUGAAAUUUGCAGCGAUCGAGCUGACCAGAUUUGUGCAGUCGCUGGGGCAUAACACGAUUGCCCUCCAGACCGACAAUGAGCCGAGCACUGUCGCGCUGCAAAACUUGAUCAUCGGUGUCCGAACAAGAUUGAACUUCAAAACCGUUGUGCGCAAUGCUGCUGUCGAGUCCCAUGCCUCCAAAGGGUAUGUGGAAAAGACGGUUGAUCUGCUGCGAGGGCUUUCCAAUGUUUUCCUUGACCAGGCCCGUGCCAAGUUCGGUUUAGGCCCUGAUGACCUAGGAGCGCUUGCUGCUUUUGCAGACAUCUUGGUUUGUGAAUACCCAAGUCCUGCCUCAGCUGCUUUGUGCUGCCGCCACCCAGGGAUGGCCGCGCCCGACACCGCCUCCUCAGAUCCCGCACCGUCCUCGAACAAUGUGGGGUUGGCUUCAGGAGUCGCAGGGGUGUUGUUGGAGAAGGGACCGUUGAGUGUGGGUCCCAGUGCUUUUGAAGAUGGAGAGCUGCAGCUUCCGGUCGCUUCCGAAAGCAUUCUAGCCUCUUUGGAGGAUGCCCAGGGCCCUGGCGAGGAGCUUCCGGGCGAUGUACCUUCUCAGCCGGCCGAGCCGGUCCGGGAAGAGCAUUUGGCAAGUUAUGACUUCGAUGAGCAAGAGGAGCUAGAGUACUAUCGAGAAUAUGACAAUGGGUUUAGUGAGGCCUUGCGUAACCUUUCCGCUGAUGCAGAAGCUGAGGCUGCUCUUGACAGGGCGCUCCACAGUCUUGUAGGCAGUGAGGAAUGCAUGGGCGAAGUGACCGAACAGGUGUCGGCAGGCAGUCGUGAGGCCGAUCCUGUCUUUGUACAAGAGCAGGUCAUGAACGUUGUUAAAGAUGUGGGAUAUCUUGAACGCCGUGAGGAGUUGCUUCAGGUUGGAAUCCGCAAGUUAGCCAUUAACGUAGAGCUAGUGGGUAACGCCUUUGUUCCCCCGGAGCUUCUGCACCAAGGGCAAGUCGACGCUGAGUCGCUGGAAGCGGCAAUCGGGGGUUGGAUUAAGCAAGCAUUGCCCCUCACGGUGAGUGAGAUCCUGUUCCUGCACCGGCUGUUGGAGCAACGCGAGCUGCACACAUACGACCUUGCGAUGGUGGCAUACAUACUCUUAGCAUUGUACGCAAGAGCCAGGCAUUCUGACCUGGCGGAUGUGCAGAAUGUCACGCAUGACCACUCACCGGCGGGAGGCUUUCUCAUCAUUGAGCUGGGUCAGCACAAGACGCGCCGUGCACAGGCGCGGUGCAGAGAGUUGUUGCCGGUGCUCAUACCGGCCAUCGGGGUGCAUGGACAGACGUCGCAAGCUCUCGAGUCGAAUGCACCGACGCUGCAUGAGCAGGAUCAGGCUUUCCGUCACUCAGGCUCAGACGUGAAAACUGAAGUCGCUGCUGUAGCGGGUCCCAUUGCCGACCCAGCUGGUCCAGUCUGUGUAGUACCGGGGAUGGACGUGGAGUGGCCGCGUCACGAAGUUGCUGUGCAUGUGAAGUCUCGCAUCGCACAUAGGAUCGUCUUCACCUCGGAGGGCUAUCCCCCGGACGGCUUCGUCUGGGGCACAGGUGCGACUGUGCAUGGUGGAGUCCACGCUUUACGCACCAAUAUGCGGUCUUUUCCCCUUGUGACCCAGAUGCUGGCUGCAUAUGCCAAGCAGUGGGUGCAGGAUCACCCUUUUACUAGUCUCAUGCUCUUCGCAGAUGUGCAAGUUCUCAGGUCUGCCCUGAUCCAGCCUAUCCCGGCUGCGGUGAGCUGCUUCCAGUCUCACGCACUUGUGCGUUUUUCGAUGCUCAUGCAAAACAUGCUACCUGCCCAUGGCACGGGGCGUGUCACGGCCUGCCUUAGGAAGCUUGGCGUAACCGCUGCGCAUGCAGUGGACCACUGUGUGCAAUCUCAGGCUGCCGCCUUGCCACUUCUAGCCGACCUCUUGACACCCGAAGGUCGUGAGCUCUGUCGCUUCUGGCUGCAGAGCCCUCUGCUGGUGGCCGUUUUCGCUUCACCACCCUGUGAUGCAUCCUCGCAUGACGCUUUGUACCAAUUCCUGAGUGAUGUUGUUGAGGAGUGUCAGCGCCGACGUGUGCUCUGCGCCAUUGAAAACCCUCAGCGCAGUUCCUACUGGGACACAUCUGCCUUCCGUCGCGUUCAGCAUCUUUGUGCACACUCUGUCAGCUUUGACCAAUGUGCUUUCGGUAAAGCCUGUGCGGCGCAACAUGCAGCUGAUCAGGAGACCGCCUACCCGCCCAAGCUAGUUGUCGUCAUGACCGGACCGUCGUCAGUCUCCCUGCCCUGUGAGGCUCAGCUUCUGCGGGUCUCCCCCCUCACGGCCAAUAAGGGGAAAGAGCAGGCUGAUGAAUUGCGGCCUGCCCCGUGCACACUGUUCGAGAAAUCCUUCUCUGCUCGGGCUGAUAUCUCUACCCAAGCUGAGGACGAUCACCUUUGGGUCUUAGCGAUUAACAAGUGGUGUUGCAUCUUCAGCUUAGCGCAAAGCGACCCUGGACAGGUUGGCGAGCAGGCUGCUCAAUGCUUAAUUGCAGAAGGUGAAUCGGCCAGGGACGAGUUGAUCCGGGAUGUCUUUGGCAUUAAAUCCCCUAGGACUGCCAUUAAGCGCGCCAACUCUUUGCUUAGGUGCUUAAGGUGGCAUCUUAGAGAAAGGAGGGCUGCUUGGCCUUGGGACUGCGAAUCGUUUACAGACUUCGUCAAGUCUCUGGGCGCGUCGGCAAGUGCAGUGACAGGUCUCUUCGAAGCCAUGAACUUUGCACAUCAUGUUAUGGGCAUGCCGUUUUGCAAAGAAAUUCUUGAGGACCGCAGGUUGCAGGGCCGUGCUAAGAGACUCGAGGGCGAGCGGGCAGAGGUGAAGCAGCAGGUUCCCCUCAGUGUGGAGUGUGUUGCCAAGCUAGAGAAGCUUGUCGCCAGCCUCACUUUGUGUGAUGCAGACACUUAUGUGCUGGGCGGGCUUGUCUUCUGCCUGUACAGUCGAUCGAGGUGGUCCGAUCUUAGGAAUCUGCAGUGCAUAUGGGUAGACUUCGAGGGCGAGGACCAGUUGUCUGGCUUUGUAGAAGCCAGGACUCGUGACCACAAGACCAGCAACACGUCAAAGACCAAGCGGCGUGCGAUGCCUCUGGUAGCUCCAUUUCCUGGGGUUACUGAUGCCAACUGGGUGGGAGCUUGGAUGAGUGCUGGUCUUCGUCUUGGUGUGCAGUGGGACGCAGAUCCCUUUGGGCCUCUGGUUCGUGCCCCAGACGCCGAAGGGCAGCUGUGCAAGAGACGGUGCACUUCAAGCGAAGCCGGUCACAUGUUGUGCAAUGCCCUGGAUCUGGACGGGGAUCAGCGGCGUACAUCGCAUGUCUUGAAGGGUACGACACUGGCUUGGGUCGGCAAGCGCGGCUUUGGUGAGCGGGAUGGCUUACUUCUUGGUCACCAUGCUCCGGGCUCAGGCUCGUUGGCAUGCUACAGCCGAGAGUUGCUGAGCGCGCCUCUGCGCGCGUACAGGGCUAUGCUUGCGGAAAUUCGGUCGAACGUCUUCAGGCCAGAUAAGACCCGCUCGGGCUGGCUCACAAAGGAACCUCUGCUGCCCACGUUUGGGGAUUUUGCAAGUGUUCAACUUGGGAGUUCAGGCGGUGCUUUCGGCCUGGGGGCCCUGCCACAGCAAGAUCCAGGUGAGAUGGAGCAUCCAGCAGAGGAGCCAGGAGAGCUUGAGCAUUAUUAUGCGAACAAUGUGCCUUCAGAGUCGCCCGAAGCCUCACAGGCAAGCGGUCGUGAUCGUGAUGAUGGCUCCUGGCAUCGUGUGGAGCAGCCGCUAAACAAUGAGGGAGAUCAGGAACCUGGAUCUGGGAGUGAAGUGCUUUUCCCUGAGUUGUUCGCGGACGGUGUACGGGACACGGAGCUGGAGAGCGGUGGUGCCAGUUCAUCCGAUUCAUCAUCGAGCUCCUGCUCUUCCGAUGCCAGUGAGACGGAGGAGCAGACCAUCACAGCGAGUGGAGUAUGCCAGCCGUAUGAGAUCAAGGAGCCGUGCUGGCAACACAUCAAGUCGAAGAUGCUGCAUCGCCCUCAAGGAGCGCAGACGUCUUGUAAGACGAAGUGCGGGAGGCGCACUGCCAAUGUGUACAGGUGGCUUGAUGGGUCCUACUUCAAGUGGCCCAGGUGUGCAGUUUGUUGGAAAGGCGAGCUGCUGGAUUCCACACAAGCGCUCAAUGAGCGGCUUGAUGAGCUUAUGAACCGCAAUGACGGGAAUGCCCUUGGUAGCGAUUUCAUGUUAUCACGCGAGUGCGCUUUGGCUGAGGCAACACUGAUCAGGCAAGCAACAUCACAUGCUUUCAUGUUUGAGUUGGAACGGUCGCUAAGCCUGGGCUUCUUAGUUAGCAUGGCCGCACUGUCGCUCUUGACCUCUACAGCCGCCCUUGACAGGCAGUGUGAGCGAGCGGGCUUAACAGCUCCGUGGGUCGAUGCCUUGAAAGCUUCAGGAAUCACGACCCUAGGGAAGCUUAGUUAUGCUGUUACGCUUCCGGGGAAUCAGCCUUCGAGUGAUGACAUGGAUGCCUUCGUCUUAGCCCUCCGGCCGGGGGCCAGCAUCACCUUAGGAGAUAGCUCGGCUUUGAAGCAGCUUAUCUUCGAAGCUCAAACAAUGACAGUGGCUGAACUGAGAUCGUCCAUGCAAUCCACAGAUGAAGUGCCGCGGAAAUUGCCCGCAUCAGAGCGCUCCAUGCGCAUUGAAGCUCAGAAGCGGCGUCUCGCCGGUUUGCCAUUGGAGGGCCCGCUUGCUGUGGCACAUUGUGUGUAUGACAGAUUAGCAACCAUGCGCGAGAAUGAUGAGUUGAAGUAUCUGGCACCCAAUGAAUGCAUCACUCGGGACGCGGAGCUUUGUUCUGAGAAGCCUCCCAAGGCCUUGCAUUUGGAUGCAAAUAAGACUGGGUUGAUUGUCAAGGACGAGGAGGCGACAGCUGCAAUCACGCUUGACAGCGACUUGGCCCUUUACCAGGCGAUGAUGAGGCGUGCCUUAGCCAUGGACUUAGUGGGUCUUGCAUCCUAUGCAUGUGUGCAAAAAUGGAAUGAACGCCUCUUCCGCAUCAUGAGCCAAGACCCGCCUCCCGAAUUCCAGCGCGUUUCACGCGCGCAAGUGCUACGAGCCGACCGGCAGUGCUUCUUGGAGCUUGCUCGUGUGUGCAAUGGCAACUUGAAACCAGGUCCUGACGGAUCCCUCCCCCUCGACAAGGAGUUUGAGAAGCUUGAGUUUAACACAACUGUGAUGUACUUCUUGUUGCCUGUGAAGGGCCGUGGCAAGGGCGGGGGCAAGGCUGAUAAGGAGGGGAAGGGUCGUAAGCGCACUAAGACCACGAAUGACGAUGAGAGCCCGAACAAGAAGGCCAAGAUCACUCGCGACCCGAUUCCCGAGGUCCUUAAGGGAAUGCACUCGAGAACGCCAGAUAACAAACCGAUCUGUUUCAACUUCAACUUGGGCAAGUGCAAGGGGACGUGCACGGGCGAUGUGAUUGCGUGUGCAGUGCCCGAGUGUCAGGGGUCGUCCGUGCACUUUGCGAAGCCAGGCGUGCCAGCUUGUGUGGUUGUCUCCGAAAGGUGUUACCAAACUCUUUUGCGAUUGGCAGAGGGCUUUGCAUUGUGCGCAUCGUGGGUUCGUGAGCCCACAUGUGCUUGGGUUCACAUCCGCUGCCCUGCCUCCGUCUUUUCUAACAAGCUCUCGAAUUCAAGUGAUAUCCAGCGUGAAGUGGAACGGUGCACUUACAAUUUUGCUCAGCUCAUCAAGCACUGUGCUGAUACGGAUACCAUGUGGACCAUCGAGGCCCCAUCCCGCUCGCCCUUCUGGAAGACUUCGCUGGGUCUUCAGGUUUCUUCUUCUGCAGUUGAUGUCGACUUGGGCCGCUUCGCCCCAGGGGUUCGCGGUCACAUAUUGUUUGCAUCUUCUUGCCCUCACGCUUUGGCUGACAUUACACCGCCUGUGUUGCAGUUGCCUCUGGCCAAAGCCAGUUUGGAUGCAGCUAUGGGACGCAUGUACAGGGCUUUGGCUUUAGUCAUGAUCAAGCACCUUGAUGUCGAUGCUUCAGGCCUGCCACCUUUGUUUGCAGCCCAGGUUGGCACUGGUAAGCAGCCUCGCAAGCCUCUACUUGCGCCGGUUCCGGAGUUCAAGUACUUCGUUCGCGUACCCUUGAGUGCGCUGCCGACCUUGGACAACAAGCGCCGGCUUCCUCAGCCGCUGCGGGUGCACGAUGUGGUCGUGCCUGCUGGAGCUCAGCUGCUCCCAACCCUCUCACUCACCGCUGCUGUGUCUUCAAAGGGGGCGAGUGUGCCAGUCAGCGGUGACAAAUCUUCCGAGACAUUGUGUGCCACUGGCGGGGAUUCUCCUGCUGCAGCAAUGGCCGAUGGCACGAUGGCGACAUCCUCCUCUAGGGUUUCCCCGCCGGUUCCUCCUUCCCCUUCGGGUUUAGUGGAUGGUUCGCCUUCUCCUUCUGGUUUAGCUUUUUCCGAUCCUUGUAGCAGUGCUGCAGUGUUGACUGUGUCAAGCGAAGCCGAAGUGUUGGCGGCGGACGUGUGUGACGUUCCUACGCAAGCGCAGCUGUUGCAGGUUUUUGACACGUUACCCCCCGAGGUCCCGGCCAGGGGUGUCAGUGACGCGCGUGAGAAGGCCUGGUCUGCCGGUGCCUACUCCCAGGGCACUUUGUGUGGUCUGCGCAGGAACACCAAACUGUUUCCGAACGCUGUUCGAUUAGCUGUAAGGCUUCUGCGUGCCCGCUUUCCGCAUGCCACGUUCGCCACAGUGGCGAUAUACUCCAAUGUGUGCACUCCGAUGCAUAGGGAUGCCAAUAACUUGGAUGGGAGUUCCAACUAUGUGUUGGCCUUGACUGACUUUGCAAAAGGGGGCAUCUGGAUACAGGAUGAGGAGGGUCAGCAUGUGCGAACCACACCCCUUGGAAAGACUUCUGGUCGUGUCCUGCAAGUGGCCGACGGCCCCGUGGAGUUCGAUGCACAUCGCUUCCACUGCACUUUACCUUGGGAAGGCUCCAGAGUCGUGUUGAUCGGAUUCACUCCGAAUCGUGUUGCUUCUCUAAAGAAAGAGGAUGUGCAAGUCCUACAGGACUUGGGCUUUCCGUUGCCUGGCCACCCUAUGCCGGUCACUUGUGCGACAGCGAUGUGCCCUCAGGAUCGCCAGUGCAAGAUUGGGGGAACUGUGCCGGUGGUCGGUCCCGUGCAACCGUCUCUGGACGCCUGUGCGGUGCCGGCACGCCCUCCUGAUCAGCCGUGCAAGAGUGGGGAAACUGCACCUGUGGUCGGGCCUGCGCAGCCGACUCCGCAUGCAACCUUUGGAGUUCCUUUCAGUGAAAGUGAGUUCGUGCGUGCUGCUGUGAGGGCAGGCCAUCCCAGCUCUUCACUUUCUUCAUUGCCGGAUCAUCUUGAGUCGUGUGUGGAUAUGCUCGCGAAGGCUCCGCCGCAUGCCGUGGUUGAUAAGAGGAGGAGAUGGCUCGACAAGUGGACCUCGCGUGCGUGUGAGAUUGAACGUGACCCAGACCCUUCUUGGGACAUAGACGACCCGCACAUGAGACGUGUUCUGUGUAAGAAGCGGCUGCAGCUGCUUGACGAAAUCAUCGCAGCCGAGGGCUAUGACGAUGUAAACCUUGCUCGGGAUAUUUGGUCUGGCUUUGACUUAGUGGGCACGUCGCCUGUUUCUAAUGUCCUGCCGGGUAAGGUUACUCCAGCCUCCUUGCACCCUGAUGACCUGUGUGCGACGGCCCCUCGAGCCAACGAGGCUCUCAAGGUCUCCUUGGGAUCUUCCGGUGAUCGGGAGAAGGACAUCUUGUUGUGGGAAAAGACAAUGAAGGAGGUAGACUCAGGCUGGCUCCUGGGUCCUUACGAUUGGGACUCUUUGCCGCAGGGGCAUGUUGUGUCCCACAGAUUUCCUUUGUUGCAGGGUGGGAAGCUGCGUCCCAUUGAUGAUUACAGCAGGAGUGGUGUUAACUCUUGUGUGACGACUUUGGAACAGCCCACCGUCGACACUGCAGAUGUGGCAGCAGCUAUGUUUGUAAGGUUGUGCACGAAGCUUCGUGAUGCGAAGAAACCUUCAUGGAUCAAGGGUCGUGCCUUCGACCUGACGGCGGCCUACCGCCAGUUGUGUGUCGCCUUGAGCUCGCGUUGCUUUGCGGUCAUUGCUGUGUAUGACCCACACAAGCAAAAGACCAUGCUCUUUACUCAGGUCUGCCUCCCCUUCGGAUCGAGGGCCUCAGUGAAUGGCUUCAUUAGAUGUUCCAGGUGCAUCCAAUGGCUUGCCAAUCGUUGCCUGCUUGUGCCCACCACCUCUUACUACGAUGACUUCAUCGUCGCCUCGCCUGAUUGCCUUGCUGACAACACGGGUGCGACCAUGGAGCUGCUGUUCCAACUCCUUGGCUGGGUCUUCGACGAGGAGGGACCCAAAGCUGAUGUGUUCUCCAGACAAGUGUCUGCGCUGGGGCUUCGCUUUGACUUGGGGAACACAGGUGACUGCGUGGUCACUGUCGACAACACGGACAAACGCAAAGGCGACAUUCGUGCAUUGGUGACCCGCAUUUUUGAUGAAGGUGUGUUGUCUUAUAAGGAAGGUCUUGAGCUGAGAGGCAAGCUAUCCUUUGCGAACGCUCAGGUCAUGGGGAAAGCGGGGCACUACGCUCUUAAGCACAUCAGCUCCCAUGUUCACGCCUGGCCUUUCGUUCCCAAGCUAUCCGGCCCCGCUCGGGAUGCUCUCGGCUUUCUGCUGGAUCGUGUAUUGCACGGGUCGCCGAGGCGCAUUACAAAAUCCUUGGGGCAGCCUUGGUAUGUAUUCACCGAUGCGAGCUUUGAGCCUGAUUUCACUGGGGGUCUAGGGGGUGUCCUAAUCUCUCCUUUGGGUUCUGUCGUAAGCUGGUUCGGUUUGCCCUUGUGCGAGAGCGACAUUCGCCCUUUGCUUCCAGUGGAUGCCAUCACGGGUAUCGGCGAGUUGGAAACCGUUGCAGUGGUUGUAGCCUUCGUGCUUUGGAACCAGCACCUUGCGUCUUCAGAGUGCAUGGCAUAUCUUGACAACGAGGGGGCCCGCUUUGCUCUGAUAAAGGGCUACUCUGCUUCGUGGGCUGUCACCCGCAUUUGCCAUAUCUUUGCCAGAACCUGUGAGCAGGGUACCUUGCUUCCUUGGUGUGCGCGUGUACCAUCGUGCAGCAAUAUUGCGGAUGCACCGAGUCGCAACAUUGCUUGUGAGCGAAAUGACAAGCCGUGGGAGUCUGAGCAGAGUCUGGCGAUUGAUGCCAAAGGAUUUCCUUGGGAUUAUCAGCUUGGUUUGCUUGGCACAAAGGUCGUUCCGCAGGCUAGGCAUCGCGUGCCGAAGCCAGCUGACAAGGGUGAGCCCGAUGCUCCCCAAGGUGAGGUUCAGGUUGAGGUGCCAAGAAUGCCAGACAUGCCGGCCAUGGCGGGGAUCCCUCCUGCACCUGUGCCAGCUGAGUCAGUGCAACCGCCAAGCGUUGCGGCGGGGACCCCAGCGCCUUCUUCGAGAGCCACGCUUCUUCUUGACAGGUCUGAUCGUGCUCCGACAAGUGUUGUUGAGCCUGCUACAGCCCCAGCGCCGCUUGAGUCACCAAUGGAAGUUGCUGCUUCUGAUCCGCCGUCUCCUGAAGGCGGAACGCCGGUGAUACCGAUGACAGAUGAUGAUCUUCUCAUCGAUGUUGCAAAGCGGGCGCAAGAUGCUAUCGAUUUGCAGCCCAGCGGGCAGGCAUCCAAGUACCAGCGCAUCGCCAGGGUUGGCGCUGAGGAGCUUCCCAUCAAUGAUGAGGUUCUUGAAUCAGCCCCUGAGUGGGAGGAUGCUGAAAAGUAUCUUGAGUUGUCAGAUGAGGCUGCAGCUGAGUGGGAUGUGACCAACACUGAGGACAGCCAUGCCCUUGACAACGAGGAGUGUCUUUGGUAUGAUUCGAUCCCUGAUUUGUCCGAGCAACAGCAAGAGGAGCUUGAUCGAAUCGCUGAUUCUUUCGAGGUGCAGCGCCUGCUUCGCAAAGGCGUCCUUGAGGAGAUCGGGGAUGAAGUGGACACGUCGGACCACAAGGAAUUGUCUUCGAAGUUCGUGAGGACAUGGCGCAAGAAACUGCACAAAGACAAGAUGAUGUACUUUAGACGGUCCAGGCUGGUAGCUCGCGAGUACCGGUGGCUGGAGCGGGGCAGAGAGGAUCUUUAUGCACCAGCAACGUCAGCCAUCACCACCAAGCUUUUGCCGUGGCUGUAUUGCGAGCUCAGCCGGCAAGCCAGAGAGUCUCCUGAUGAGACCGACCGCAUAGGAGUGAUCGCGCUUGAUGUGCGUGACGCUUUUCUCAACGUCCCUCAGGAGCGUCCCAUGCUGGCCAAGAUCCCUGGAUUUGCAAGCCGAAUGCGGUUUCUCAAGAUGCUCCCUGGACAGCGGGACGGGACAGCCCGAUGGCAUCAAUUCAUCAUGAACUACAUCCGUGAGGAGCACAAGCUCACAAGCUGUGCUGAGUGCCCAUCGGUGUAUAAGAUCGUUGAUCCCAAGGGUAGCCUGCAUGCCUGGGGACAGCUUCAAGAGCUUCUCAUGCCGGAUGCAAGCAAGGAGCUGGACUCUGCUCGAGCAGCCAAGUACCGCAGCGCCGUUGGGAUAGGCAUGUAUGUGUCACAGGAUCGCAGUGACAUUGCUUUCACGGUGAGGGUGUUGGCCCAGAAGCUUAAAGCACCGACCGAGCGCGGCUGGCAGUUUGCGCAACGCCUUGCAGGGUAUCUUGUUGGAACAGCCGGCUACGCAAGCAAAGUGCAUGCCAAGGGCGAUCGAGCAAGCAUUCUUGAGCCACCUGAUGCCGAGGAGUCUCUUGAUAGUGCUCUGCUUGAGGUUUUCUGCGAUGCCGACUGGAGCGGCAACAAGCAGACCCGUCGCUCAAUGAGCAGCUCAUCGUUCUUCCUGAAUGGCUGCUGCAUUUACACGUCUUGCAGAUCGCAGCGUUGUGUGAGCCUGAGCAGCACCGAGAGUGAGUUCUAUGCACUCGUUUCUGCAUCGUGUGAUGGGAUAUUCUUGCAACGUAUCCUUCAGUUUCUUCUUGAGGUCAGCGUCGAGCUGUGCAUGCGCGCAGACAACCAGAGCUGCCGCCAGAUUUCGAUGAAGCAAGGUGUAUCGAAGAUUCGGCACUUGAGUGGACGCUUUCUCUGGAUACAGGAGAAGACAGCUGAUCGCACACUUCGUGUGCAGCCGGUCGAUGGGAGGAGGAACCCAUCGGAUCUGGGAACCAAGGUACCGUGCUCAGGAUCCCGCCUCCGUGCUUUGCUGUGCAUGCAUGACUUUGUGUGCUGUGCGGGUGACUGCAUAGAGGAGGUAGGCCGUGCAGAGCAUGAUGCGUUGUUGGAGCAGUUGCAGCGUGAGCGUGAAACACAGAGGGUUCGCAGACUUGUGUGUAAGACGCUGAAGAGCAACGGGAUGCAGAGCUUCAGCACUGCAAUGAUGGUGAUGAUGCUGUCGCUUGUGCAAGGUGCCGAGAGCAGUGGUACCAGGCGUGAGGUCGGUGUGCAGACCGAUGAUGAUGCACGGUGGCCACAGUCGCUGGCCGUCUUGGUGAUUUGCGCAUGUGCUAUCCUUCUUGCCUUGAAAUCUUUGAGCCUUGGGCGGCUAUGGACCACAGAGGGCAAUGAAGAUGACAUCACCUUGAACGUGAGCAAUGCCAGCACCUCCACCGAAGAAGUGUACGAGCAGGGAACCGACGGUUGGUGGAAUUGGGUUCCAUUGACUUUCACCUGCAGCCUUUCAGCGUUCUGCCUGGCAAUCAUGAUGUGCCUGCGACGGGUGCGAGCCGCACUGCAUGCCGCUGAGCAGGAGAACGAGCGCUUGAGCAGAUUGAUCGCUGAAAUGAACUACGACCGUAUCGCUUGGGGAGAAUACCACGAGGAGCGCUUGAACUUCGAACGCCUGCGCUUGGGUGAGUCAAGCUUGCAUUUCGUCAUCGGCUGUCCGUUGGAUACCAGCGGCCUUGAGGGCAUUCUCACUUCGUCACUCUCGUGGGAGAUGCCAUUCGAAGCUUCUGAGAUGGAAGGGGGUGAUUCGGCAGAAGCUCCUUACAAUGUUUGGGGGCUGAUACAGGAUGGUCCUGCCACAGCCGGGGACCCAUUCGAAGAACACCUUGAGGGUCUGCUUCGGGAUGACAUGGCAGAUGUUCAGCAGUCGGACCUCUUGAGUAUGGAAGGACGCGAAACCUAUGCUGAAGCCGAGAUUUUGGAUUUUUCUGCGGAUGAGAGAGAGUGGUAUUCUCAAGUUCAAGACAAUGACUUGGGAAGUGUUGAGUGCGUGGAAGAAGAGAUACCUGUUUCCUCUUCUGCUGCUCCUCCACAUUUGCCAGGAUCGCAAUCCAAUAAGCUGUCUUGGCUUGAAGGACCGAUGGCUGAGCUGGACGCUUCUCAAAUGGCUUUCGACUUCUGUUGGGGUGAGCGAAACUUUGUCUAUGGCAAAGGAGAGGGGUUGGCCAAAGCGAGGCUGCCGAAAUCGGAUGCAGACAUAAGGGAUUCUUCUUUGAGGAGGUUCAAGAUGCUGAUCUUGAUUGACCCUGAGGCCACAGCCUUAGGCAGCAGCCUGGUUGAUCAAGGAAAGGCUAUGGAAGAUGACCAAGUCAUAAUGCAGAGCCUGGCAGACGCUUUCAGGGGAAAGGCGUCCUUGACUGUACAGAAGAGAUCCCUAUCGCUGCAGGUUUUUGUGGUGAGGUCCUAUGAUGCUUCGCUGGAUUCACCAUGGCGACUUAACGAGGCUCAAGUCUACGCGAUCUUUUCAGGAUUCCGGGAGCAUGGUGCUAAAGCUUCUACGGCUUCUCAUAUCCUGGAGGCCUUGAGGUUCUUUCAUGCCAUUGCUCGUUUCAAGUACAUGGACUUGGAAGCCAUCUUGUCUUCGAGGGUGCGUGGCGUCGCACAGGACUUGAAGCUCAAGAAGGAUUCUGCCGUUCAGAUGGACAACGAGGGCAACCUCAAGGUGAUUCAGAAGAAGCCGGAGCCGACGUGCGACACCACAGGCAUGUACCCUCUCCGGCAGGCUUUUCAGAGACGGUCACUAGCAUUUGAUCUGGGUCACUUGUGCAGCUUUGAAGCUAUGGAAACUUGGAUCAACAAGCUCUUCGAAGCAGUUCAGCGUACUGUGCCGAAGGGAUAUGUGGCAGUUAGCUUGGGGCAAGUUGUUACGGCAGAUCGUGAGCUUUUUGUCCGGUUGGCCGACAUGCUUGAAGGACAAUUGCAGAAACCCAUAGGUGUUGAGAAACCCAUGGAUGCAGCUUUGCGCGAUCUAUCGGGUAGCCAGGAGAUAACUCAGUUUCUUCAGCCGCUUGUAGCUCCUCCUGCACCUCACCCAACGAAGCGCCCUUUCAAGGAGCUUGCCACGCCUAACAAAGGUGACGGAAAGGGCAAGACAUCCACCAAGGGCGGUGAAAAGGGCGGUGGCAAGGCACCCCGUGUAACCAUUCCGGAUGGCUGCGCGGCCAAAGAUCAUCAGGGUGGCAUCUGGAUUGCAGAUGGAUGCGGACCUCACACACGGUCAAUCAAAGGUGACAUCGUAAAAGGCUCAAUGCUUAGCCUCGAGUCCCCUGUCACUUUCGAUGCCUUCAAAUACCCUCACGAGACUGAAAGCUGGGUUGGCGAUCGAUUGGUUUGCGUGGCCUUCACUGAACAGCCGCCUGUGAAAUCAGACUCCUGGGUUUACGAGCUUUUCGCUGGCAGUGCCCGUUUCAGCAAGGCAAUCUUUUGGGAUCUCAUCAAGGAGUGCCCUCCCUUUCACAUGCAUGCAUCGCCCCCUGCGGGCACGGCUUCUCGCUCUCGCGAGCGCCCCCUGCCAAAGAACCAUGCCCUUGCCUCUAAGGACUUCCCGUUAGGUCUGCCGUCAUUGAGUGCCGGGUCUCAGCAGAGCCUUGCGGUGCGUAGAGACAACGUCCUGUACCGUUUCGUCUACAAGCUUCUCCUUCAUUGUUCUGCUUCGGGCAUCAAUGUCAGCGUUGAGAAUCCUCGGACUUCGUUGUUCUGGAAGGUUCUUCAAUGCUUUGCUGAGGCCGAGGGCUUGCUUUGGCCUCCCGCUGCCUUGGAAUACGUUGAUUUCGACCAGUGUUGUCAUGGUUCCGAUCGACCGAAGUCAUCUCGUUUCUUGUGCACUCGAGGCUUGUUCACCUCGCUUCGAGCUACUUGCCCAGGCAAUCACACACACCGCCCGUGGGGCCUCGUGUUCCAUGAGCGUUCUAUGCAGCUGUCAUCUUCUCUUGGGUCGGCUUACCCAGUUCUGCUUUGCAAGCGUAUGGCCUCCUGUCUGGAGAGCGCGGCUUCUUUCAUGGGUUUGUCUUUGCAAGCAUCUCCUGACUUGGCAGCCAGCUCCGUUGCUGUUCUUGGUCGGCAGCAUCGCCGCUUCCCUCCUUUGAUUCCUGAGUUCCGCAAGGUUGCUGGGAAGGAUAGCGGGAGAGAGAAGGCAGCCGAAGACAGCCAUGCAGUUGACAAUGCUUCCAGCAAGGUUCCCCCCUCUGGUUUCCUUAAGAGUUCCGAUCCGCCCAAAGGCUCGGUCAAGGUGGGGUGGUACUUGUCAAUGCAGGAUCAUGUUGCGAAGGCCUUGACGCUAAAGCAUCCCGUCGACACUGCCGUAGCCCUUGACCAGGAUCAGCUCGAUGCAACCAGCUUCUGCGUGAAAAACACUGAGAAAGAGGUGGUCGAUCAUCGAAAGCUUCAACUUUUGAAAAUAAAGAUCCUUGCCAAAAAGUUCGAGGCCGACGAGGCUCGAUUACAUUCUUCGUUCGACCCUUGGUUCGAAAAGGUUGUGGCGGGAAAGCGUCUUCUUCUGUGGAAGCAUCUUCUUGAGCAGAACCAGAACGGUUUUGACGACAUGCAAGUUUGCGAUUUCAUGAUGUCAGGCGUCCCGAUUGUAGGGCAGUCAGCCUGCCCUCAGCCUUUCAACCGAAAGAUUGUGCCGGCUACCAUGUCGGAACAGGAUCUAAAGGGUACUGCUUCGUUCCGCCGAAAGGUGAUGAUUGGAUCCAGUGGCACGCAGGCAGCCGACCUUCAAGAGUUGCUGUCGAAGGCUACUAUGGACGAAGUCGAUCUGGGUUUCCUGGAAGGCCCUUACACCGAAAGCCAAGCGUACAAGCAGAUGCCAAUGAAGAAGGAGCACCGCUCUCUUGCUGUGAUCUACCACAAAGGCCCCUCUGGCGAGGAUCAAUUCUUCAUUGCAAAUUCGCUGCUCUUCGGUCUUACUGCUUCGGUUUAUGGGUUCGUGCGUACGAGCAGAAGCCUUCACAAACUGCUGCUGAAGAUAUUCAAGCUGCCCAGCUCAGUGUACUUUGAUGACUACCCGAUGUUUUCGACAUCGCUUUCUUCCAGUGACACUGAUAGCAUCAUCAGCGAAUUCUUAGACAUUCUGGGCUGGGGCCACGCCAAGACAGGCAGCAAAUCACAUCCUUUCGCGGAGGUUUUCUCCGUCUUGGGAAUGCAGAUUGACUUGAGCAACUUGUCGAAGAGAAGCAUCGUCCUCUCGAACAAACCUGGCAGGAUCGAUCGGAUCGUGGAGAAGCUUGAAUCUGUGGCUGCUUCUGGUUUCCUUACGGUUCAUCAGGCUCAGAUUUUGCUGGGCUUGCUCAACUUUUCAUCUGGUUUCUUUGCCGGUCGUGCCCUCAAGCAUUCGUGCAAAUGGCUAUCUGGCUUUCUAGCUGGAGACAGGCCUUCGCCAAAGACCGUCAGCGAGAUGUGCAAGCACACGAUCAAAAUUCUUGUGAGCACGAGGCCCCGCUGCAUAAGUUGCGAUUCGACCGGAGAGCCUCCUAUCCUGGUGCGGACUGAUGGAGCUUGGGAGCCUGCCAAAGCCUUCGCCGGGAUCGGUGCAGUGAUUCUUGAUGCGAGCAGCGGCGUUUCCAGAGUUUUCCAAGGACAGGUCCCUGAGCGCCUAGUGGUUCGCUGGCGAGAGGAGGUCGGGGAGCAAAUCAUCUGUGAGGUAGAGCUGUAUGCCCUCUUGAUGAUCAGGGCCUGCCUUCAGAAUUUUCUUUCAGGAAAGAGAAUCAUAUUCUUCAUUGACAACGAUGCCGCUAGAUCUGUGGUAUUGCGUGGUCAAAGCAGAAGUGACGCGAUGCAUCGCUUGGCCCUGGCCUUGUCUAUGGUCGAGGCCGUCGCCCCUUGCAUCUCGUGGAUAGAGAGGGUGCCAUCCUCUUCGAACAUCGCCGACUGGCCCUCCAGGGGCGAAGGUUGGAAAGCGCAGAAGGUCGUUCGUGCGGCAGAGGUAGAGCCUUACUUUGUUGACCAAUCUUUGAUUGACGCCUACCUGCUCUGA